CCUGAGCGGACUUGAAGCGGCCACUGCGGGAGUCUGGAGCCGGAGCCCGGCACAGAGGCGGCGCCGCACACCUGCCGGGUCGUGGCGCCCACAGCGCCGCCGAGGACGCGACGGUGAGGCUGGGGCCGCCUGCGGGGAGGGGCGGUCCCCGGUCCCAGCGCACAGCGUCCCUGACCGCUCGGCUGGGGGGGGCGGCGACUGCAGCCCCCACCACACACACGCGCGCGCGCGCACAGAGACACGCACACGGGUGAGCUCCGCCAGGGUGGGGGGAGGGCCCCGGACGGACCCCCGCCGGCCCGACACUGCUCCCGGCCUCGGCCCCGAAAGACCUCUCCUUUCGCUUCUCCACCUCGCUCUUCUCGUCCCGACCCCCGCCGCUCCGGCCCGCAGCCCCUCUCAGCGCCCAGGUCAGAUGGACGCGGGAGGGAGGAAGACGACGGCCCGGGGGCUGCGGGUCCGCUCUGGCCCUGCUGCCCUUGCUGGGAGGGGGCGCCCGGGAGGACGCAGGCCCUUUAAAACCGUGCUCCGCACGCGGAGCGCCUUCCACCCCCCGCCCGCUCCACUUCCGACAGCUGGCAGCUGCCGGGAGCCCCGGGCCCGGCAGGUACGGGGCGGCGGGGCGGCCGGGGAGCUGGUGGUGGAACAGCUGUGAGCCCCCGCCCUCCGCCCCUGGAGAAGCGGGACGGCUCGGCGCCCGGAGCGCCGGUUAAUCAUUAACCCUCCGCUCCCCGGACCCGCGCUGCCCGGAGCUGCGCGGCGCCCCGGCUUCCCAGGUAACGGGCGAGGAUGCGGGUCUCACUCCCCGCUCCCCACCUCCUCGCCGCCCGCCCUUCUGCACCUGUCGGCCGGCUCCAGCCCGGCUCAGCCCUGCGCGUCCCGUCCUCCUGCGGCACCAUGCCCGGCUUGUACUGCCACUCCAGCUGGACGCCGCUGCCCCUCACCGACUCCUGGGUCCGGGCCUGCGCCAACGGACCCUGCCUCAGCCUGCGGGCCCGGCUCACCUACCACAACCCGCAGCCGCAGCCAGUUGACGGUGUGUUCGUGUACCCGCUGGCCGAGGCCGAAGUAGUGUCGGGCUUUGAGGCAGAGGCGGCCGGACGGCGCGUCUCCUUCCAGCUGCAGAGCAGGCGUCGUUCGCAGGGCGCGUGCUGCCGCGCGCUGGGUCCUGCCUUGGGGGCCUCGGUGCCCCGCCGCUGCGCGCAGGGUCAUCUUGUCUUGGAUCUGGCCCAGUCCCGGUCCACACUGGUGCUGCCCACUGGCCUCAUCACCCCGGCGGGCACCAUGACAGUGACCCUGUGCAGCAGCCGGGCGCUGCCCUCAAGGCCUGAUGGGGUGCUGUGUGUGGCUCUGCCCUCUGUGCUCACCCCGCUGGCCCCGCCAGGUCCUCCGGGCGCCCCCAGACCUCCGGGGCUCUGUGACGACAGCCCUACCAGCUGCUUUGGGGUGGGCAGCCCUCAGGAGGAAGGUCUGGCCUGGGAAGAGCCAGCUGCCCCUCCGGAUGUGUUCUUAGGCCCUGCCCGCUGCCCUGCCCCAUAUACCUUCUCCUUCGAGAUGCUCGUGACUGGGCCAUGCCUACUGGCAGGCCUGGAGAGCCCUUCUCAUGCUCUGCGGGCCGAUGCCCCACCUCAUGCCAGCUCUGCAGCCACCAUCUGUGUCACAUUGGCCGAGGGCCACCGCUGUGACAGGGCCUUGGAGAUCCUGCUGCACCCCAGUGAGCCCCACCAGCCACACUUGAUGCUGGAGGCCGGCAGCCUGAGUUCAGCAGAAUAUGAGGCCCAGGUGAGGGCCCGCCAGGACUUCCAGAGGCUCCAGCGAAGGAACAGUGACAUGGACCGGCAGGUGUGGUUCCUGCAGCGACGCUUCCACAAGGACAUCCUGCUGAACCCCGUGCUGAUGCUGAGCUUCUGCCCGGACCUGAGCGUGAAGCCGGGACACCUGGGCACAGCGACACGAGAGCUCCUCUUCCUGUUGGAUGGCAGCAGUGUGGCACACAAGGAUGCCAUUGUUUUGGCUGUGAAGUCGCUCCCGUCCCAGACUCUCAUCAACCUGGCCAUGUUUGGCACUUCGGUGCAGCCCGUCUUCCCAGAGAGCAGGCUUUGCAGUGAUGACACGGUGAAGCUGGUCUGUGAGAGUGUCGAGACCCUGCAGGCUGCGGGAGGUCCCCCAGAUGUGCUGGCUGUGCUGGACUGGGCCAUGAAGCAGCCCCAGCACAGGGCCCACCCUCGGCAGCUGUUCCUGCUCACCGCUGCCUCACCCACAGCCGUCACUACCCACCAAACCCUGGAGCUCGUGAGGUGGCACAGGGGGACAGCAAGGUGCUUCUCCUUUGGGCUAGGGCCUGCCUGUCACCAGCUGCUCCAGGGUCUGUCUGCCCUCAGCAGGGGCCAAGCUUACUUCCUGAGGCCUGGAGAGAGGCUGCGGCCCAUGCUGGUGCAGGCUCUGCGGAAGGCCCUGGAGCCCGCCCUGAGCGACGUCUCUGUGGAUUGGUUUGUGCCUGACGCGGUGGAGGCACUGCUGACCCCCCGGGAGAUCCCAGCACUCUACCCUGGGGACCAGCUGCUCGGUUACUGCUCACUCUUUAGGGUGGAUGGCUUCCGGCCCCGCGCCCCUGGGGGCCAAGAGCCUGGCUGGCAGAGCUUGGGUGGCUCCGUCUUCCCAUCCCCGGAGGAGGUGCCAUCGGCCACCAGCCCUGGCACUGAUCCCACUGGCACCUCAGAGCCACUGGGAACAGGCACCGUGUCAGGAGAGCCAUCCAGCAAGUGGGCUGCUGGGGACUCAGAGCAGAGUGCUGAUGCUCUGACAGACCCAGUCACGGACCCUGGACCCAACCCUUCUUCUGACACAGCCAUAUGGCGCCGAAUCUUCCAGUCCUCGUACAUUCGGGAGCAGUACGUGCUCACCCACUGCUCUGCCAGCCCUGAGCCAGGCCCGGGCUCCACGGGCAGCAGCGAGUCCCCCAGGUCCCAGGGCCCUGGCUCCCCGGAGGGCAGUGCCCCUCUGGGUCCCCCCUCUCAGCAAGGCUGUCGCAGCCUGGCCUGGGGGGAGCCUGCAGGCUCCCGCUCCUGCCCCCUGCCGCCACCCCCACUGGCUCCAGUCAAGGUCGGGGCCUUGAGCGCUGAGGUGCUGGGCCGCCGACGCAGAGUGGCUCUGGCCGGCCGAAGCCUCUCAUCACCCCCAGGCCCGGUGAACCCAGUCCUUGGCCAUCCCUGGCACCCCUCUGUGGGCGCAGCACCAGACAGGCCAGGCCCUGAGUCAGGGCAGCAGCUGGGACAAGGAGUGGAUGACUCAGGAACCCUGCUCUCCCCAACCCCCAUGGACUGGGACACGUGGAUGGAGCCACCCUUCUUAUUCACGGCUGUGCCCCCCCAUGGGGAACCAGCCGCCCCGGCAGUGCCACUGCCUCCCCAGGCCCCACGCUGCCAUGUGGUGAUCCGGGGCCUGUGUGGGGAGCAGCCUAUGUGCUGGGAGGUGGGUGUGGGGCUAGAGACACUUUGGGGGCCUGGGGAUGAUGGCUCACCGCCUCCAUCAUCCCCUGAAAGAGAAGGUGCUUGGGACCAAGCACUCCAUCGGCUGACAGCGGCUUCUGUGGUCCGGGACAAUGAGCAGCUGGCUCUCCGAGGGGCUGAGACCAUGGCGGACUGGGGCCAUGCCCGGAGGUCCCGGCUCCGAGCCCUUCAGACAAGCAAGAUCAGCUCUGCUCCCUCCUGCUUCACCUGCCCUGUAGCGGUGGACGCUGCCACUAGGGAGGUCCUGCCCUCAGCCCUGCAGGUGCGGAGCUCAGAGCCGGCUGAGCCCACAGGCACCCCACCUGUUUCUCAGGGCCCUCUAGAUGCAGCGCCUCUGCCCACAGCUGUCCACUGUAAAGGUGGCUUGGACCUGAACCAAAAUGACAACUCUAAGUCUGCUUUGGGGGACCCUGCAGCCCCUACUGGAGGUCUUCCAGACAUGUCCCCACAGCCUCCUUUGAGGCUCAGCCUGGGUCAUUGGAAGGCUGCUGGCCCAGAAAGCAGUAGACUCUGCAGCCCCAACACUGGCCAGGCGAGUGAUGGCCACAGUGAAGGCAGCGACCACGACUAUCUGCCCUUGGUGAGGACUCGGGAGGUGGAGGGUGGCAUUGCCAGAGCCAGGGCACUGUCUCAGCUCACUUCUCCCCCCACCUCCUCUCUCCUCAGGUACGACUGCAGGAGGCACCCGGCUCCUUCCGCCUGGAUGCCCCCUUCUGCACUGCGGUGCACAUCCCACAGGAGCGCCUGUGCCGGGCCUCACCCUUUGCUGCGCACCGUGCCAGCCUCAGCCCCACCUCAGCCUCAUCUCCCUGGGCACUUCUGGGCCCUGGUGUCAGCCAGGAUGACAGUGCCACGGCUUCCUGCAGCCCAUCCCCCAGCUCAGGCUCCGAGGGUCCAGGCCAGGUGGACAGCGGGCAGGGUUCAGACACAGAGGCCUCAGAGGGUGCAGGAGGGCAGGGUGGUACUGACCUUCGGGGCAGGACCUGGGCCACAGCAGUGGCACUUGCGUGGCUGGAGCACCGCUGUGCCGCUGCCUUCGGCGAAUGGGAACUGGCGGCAGCUAAGGCCGACUGUUGGCUGCGGGCACAGCACUUGCCUGAUGGCCUUGACCUGGCCGCCCUCAAGGCUGCAGCCCGGGGUCUCUUCCUGCUGCUACGCCACUGGGACCAGAACCUGCAGCUACACCUGCUGUGUUACAGCCCAGCAAACAUGUGAAAGCUGCCCACCACUGGGGCUGGUGCCCCCCAACAGACUCAAGUCACUGCCACCAGGGCUGGCCUCUUGGUGCUGGGAUGGGGUAGGCGAGUGGCAGCCUGCCCCCAACUGCUUCUCAUCCCCUUCCCAGGAUCCUCUUGCCCCCACAGAAAGUGCCUGCCUGUGCUCUCUCCCACUCCUUCCCCCCACCUCUUCCCCGAGCUCUGUACAGUGCAGUGAAAGGGGAGAGAGCCAGUCCCCAAACCCUAUGCAAUAAAGUGCCUCUUAAA